AUGCCGAAAGGAAAACGAAGAAUAAGGCGGAUUUCGAGGACUAGAAGCGAUGCUAUUCCAACAGUCGUCCCAGAAUUUCAGCCUAUUAAUCCAUCGCGACAGAAUGUUUCUGAGUUAUUGUCAAUAAUUGGGGCACAUGCAAAUGUCAGACGAGUAAGCAGAGCUAACAUGAUGAAGAAAGAUGAAGUCUACGGUUGGCUUGGAGCUGGAGAUAUACAGUCUGUAUUCAAAUAUUGUAAUAAGAUCGUGUUAAAGAAUGACUUUGUCCAAUUGAAUCAGUAUCCGCAUGGUGAAAUUUCUGCGGCCAUUAUCAAUAUUAUUUCUAAGGUUCCGGAUGUUUUACAAACUUCAGCAAUAGAAGCACAUAAAAAGUCUUUGACUGAUAUGAAAAAUCUCCUUGUCGAAGCUGCUUUCGCUCAAAAUUUCAUAUUUUCGAAAGAGGGAACAUCACAAGACAUUGCUAGCGAACAAUCCAUAUUGUAUAGCAACGAACCAAAGAAUAUGUUCUGUUUUGUGCGCCAUGAUGACAAUAUUAUCCUUUUCACUGAUUCUGAAUGCUAUGAUGCUACGAGAUACUUUGUCGAGAAAAUUUAUAAGUUUUCAUUUAUUGGGCAGCGCACCGAUGAAGAAACUUUUGUUGACUUUCAGCCUCUCCUUUAUGAUGAAAAUUUCGAAAAUAGCUCUGGACGACUUUUUGCUAUUUUGCCAGAUAGAAAAUUAAGGAUUAUGGCAGAACUUACAGAAUUACAGCGUGAAUACACAGCGAAAUUUGGAAAUUACGAAACUGACAAGUCGUUAUCCAAUACUGAUUGGGAUGAAAUUAGUACGCUUAAUGCCAGCAUUUCGGAAGCCGAAUCAUUUGAGUUGGUGGUGGAUGACGAAAACAAAAAACAGGAUAUAAGUUCUAGCAGUGUUGUUAGUUUGAGUACAGUGUUGUCGGAAGAACGAUUUGCUCUCUUGCAAGAAAUUAAAAACAAGGAAAAGGAAUUAAGAACUGAACAGGAAAAAUUCAAAUAUUCUUUAAUACCGCAAGAGAAUAUCGCAGAAGCAAGAGCUCGAUUUCACGAAUCGUUGACGCAAGGCAUUGAAAAUGCAGCAGCAUCGAUUCAUCGAAAGAAAAAGUUGCUUAUGGUUCUAAGGAGCAGCGAAAAAGGCAAUGCUAGAUUGUGA